CGAUGGUCCUGCACCCAGACUCUGUUGUCUCUAAGCUCUACAGCAACCACAGAAGAAAAACUGGAAGCCACCUCACACCUGAAAAUGAGAGCGCUCAGUGUUGUCCUUGUCAUGGUGCUCCUGUGCACCGGAGCUCUUGGUUUUCUGGUUAAGGUUAGAGACAGACACUUCCCAUUGGAGGCAGUGAAAGAACUGAAGGAAUUGAUGGAUUUAGAUGAGAAGAACCCUCAACUCACCAAGAAAGUUGUUGAAGAGGUUUGCGCCAAACCUCUCCUGCCGCCGGUCUUUCGAGCAGUGUGUGACAAUGAGGUGGAAAGAAAGGCUGUUUUCUACGAACUCGUGGAAGUCUUCAAGUAUAUUGAUCCAUGAGAGAUCUGUCCCUUUGCUGCCUGCACUGGGUGUUAGGAUUGAGGCUGCCAUCUAUAUGACACACAAACCAUCGACUGGGAUCUUGUCGGGACGUCAUCAUCCAGAAUUUCGAAUGACAGUUACAUAAAAAUUUGACUUGCCUUGAUUUUUAUGUGUGUUGCUACAUUCUGAUAUGAUCCAUUGUCAGGAGUGUAAAGCUGCCUCUUAUGAAUAAAUACAUUCUUUGCAUUUGUUAACGGAGUUGUGAUAUACUGAAAGGUGACUAGUUGUACUGUUUCACUCAGGUUUGUCCAAUAACUCAUUCAUUUUCAAAUGAAAUUGUUUACAAAACAAAA